CUUGAAACCGUGCGGUCUGAGUCAGCUUUUUCUCUACACUCGCAUCCGAUUCCCUGAUAUUAUCUUUUAAUGGCUGCGGCUGCUGUUGCCACACCGGGGGCCACUGUGCUCCCUCCCUCGGCGCCCAGUGCCGCUCCAGGGGCCAAGGCUCCAGCGGCUGGAGCUGGCAAAGGUCCAGGAAAUCUACUGGAGAUCACUGGCGAAGCAAACAUCAUCAACUAUAUGAAGAAUCGCCUCAGGAAGGGUGCGAUGAAGCGAAAGGGUCUCGAAAUGGUCAAUGGUCAUCGUUUCGGUGUGAGAUUCUUUAAGAAUCCAACCUACUGUGGUCAUUGCAAGGAUUUCAUCUGGGGCUUUGGCAAGCAAGGUUUUCAGUGCGAGGAGUGCCGCUUCAACAUUCAUCAGAAGUGCUGCAAGUUUGUGGUAUUCAAGUGUCCUGGCAAGGACACGGACUUCGAUGCAGACUGCGCCAAGGUGAAGCACGGCUGGAUCUCCACCACCUACACCACACCGACAUUCUGUGACGAGUGCGGACUGCUGCUCCAUGGAGUCGCCCAUCAGGGCGUCAAGUGCGAGAAUUGCAACCUCAAUGUGCAUCAUGCCUGCCAGGAGACAGUGCCACCGAUGUGCGGUGCGGACAUCAGCGAGGUGAGGGGUAAGCUACUACUCUACGUCGAGCUUAAGGGCAAUAACUUGAAAGUUGAUAUUAAGGAGGCAGCUAACCUCAUUCCCAUGGAUACCAACGGGUUUAGCGACCCCUAUAUUGCAGUGCAAAUGCAUCCGGACCGUUCGGGCCGCACCAAGAAGAAGACCAAGACCAUUCAGAAAAACCUCAAUCCAGUGUUCAACGAGACCUUUACAUUUGAUUUGCAGCCGCAGGAUCGUGACAAGCGUUUGCUCAUCGAGGUCUGGGAUUGGGAUCGAACUUCUCGCAAUGACUUCAUGGGUUCGUUCUCGUUCAGCCUGGAGGAACUGCAAAAGGAGCCAGUUGAUGGCUGGUACAAGUUCCUGUCGCAAGUGGAGGGUGAACAUUAUAACAUACCCUGUGUGGAUGCCUUUAAUGAUAUAGCUCGCUUAAGGGAUGAAGUUAGGCACGAUCGUCGUCCGAAUGAAAAGCGUCGCAUGGAUAACAAGGAUAUGCCGCAUAACAUGAGCAAACGCGAUAUGAUUCGAGCUGCUGAUUUCAACUUUGUUAAAGUUAUUGGCAAGGGAUCCUUUGGCAAAGUCCUGCUAGCCGAGCGGCGUGGCACGGAUGAGCUGUAUGCCGUGAAGGUCCUGCGAAAGGAUGUCAUUAUCCAAACGGACGACAUGGAGCUGCCCAUGAAUGAGAAGAGAAUUCUGGCUCUAUCCGGUCGUCCUCCUUUCCUCGUCUCCAUGCACUCAUGCUUCCAGACUAUGGACCGAUUGUUUUUCGUAAUGGAAUACUGUAAGGGUGGAGAUCUUAUGUAUCAUAUGCAGCAGUAUGGAAGGUUCAAGGAGUCUGUGGCUAUUUUUUACGCUGUUGAAGUGGCUAUUGCUCUGUUUUUCCUCCACGAGCGUGAUAUUAUCUAUAGAGAUCUGAAGCUGGACAACAUUUUACUGGAUGGUGAGGGACACGUAAAGCUGGUGGACUUUGGGUUGAGCAAAGAAGGCGUUACCGAGCGGCAGACCACACGAACUUUUUGUGGUACUCCGAAUUAUAUGGCUCCCGAAAUUGUUAGCUACGAUCCGUACUCCAUCGCCGCUGACUGGUGGUCUUUUGGUGUUUUGCUUUUCGAAUUCAUGGCAGGCCAGGCUCCAUUCGAAGGAGAUAAUGAAAAUACAGUCUUUAGGAACAUAAAGGACAAGAAGGCUGUGUUUCCAAAGCAUUUCAGCGUGGAGGCCAUGGAUAUAAUUACGAGCUUCCUGACCAAAAAGCCCAACAAUAGAUUGGGUGCAGGGCGCUAUGCCAGACAGGAGAUUACCACGCAUCCUUUCUUCCGCAAUGUGGACUGGGAUAAGGCAGAGGCAUGCGAAAUGGAGCCACCUAUUAAGCCAAAGAUUAAACAUCGCAAGGAUAUAAGCAACUUUGAUGAUGCCUUUACCAAGGAGAAGACGGACUUAACUCCCACGGAUAAGCUUUUCAUGAUGAAUCUGGACCAGAACGAUUUUAUCGGAUUCUCUUUCAUGAAUCCCGAGUUUAUAACCAUCAUUUAAAAAGGUCUAAAAAAGCUUUGAGAAAAGUUUCUAGGCUUCCUCGAAAAACUAGGCUUUUGCAAGUUAAUUUAUUGAAGUUUAUUUAUUGUAUCCUUCGCUAAAAGCCAUCUAAAUGUUCAUUAAAGCUUUAACGCUUAAAGCUCCGUAAUUUA